GAGGAGAAGUCGCUAGUCUCGCUCGUCUCUCUCUUCUCCUCUCUUCUCCUCUCUUCUCCUCUGCAGCCUCCCGUCGCUUCACCAUGGAUCUGUGGACUAAAUCACUCGCUUGGAUUAUCUCUCAGGUCCUCGUGCUUCUCUCCAGCCGGUGCGGGACAACGGGAGCAGAAGGAGCGUGUGACAGCCCGCUGGUGUCCCACCUGCCGCCGUCGUCCUUCAGAAGCUCCUCCCAGCUGUCCAGCAGCCACGCCGCCGGCUUCGCCAAACUCAACAGGAGAGAAGGAGCCGGAGGUUGGUCCCCUCUCACCUCAGACAGGUACCAGUGGCUGGAGGUCGACCUCGGGGAGCGGACCAGGAUCACCGCCGUCGCCACCCAGGGCCGAUACGGCAGCUCCGAUUGGCUGACGUCGUACCUGCUGAUGUUCAGCGACACGGGACACAACUGGAAGCAGUACCGUCAGGAGGACAGCCUCGGGUCUUUCCCAGGGAACAGUAACGCCGACAGUGUGGUCCAGUACAAGCUGCAGCAGCCGGCGAUCGCUCGCUUCCUCCGCCUCCUCCCUCUGGACUGGAACCUCAGCGGGCGGAUCGGACUCCGGCUGGAGACCCAAGGGUGUCCGUACACCUCGGACGUGGUGAGCUUUGCCGGGGGCAGCAGUGGUCUGGUGUUCAGGGUCAGUCCCGGCCCCAGGAGGACGUCCAGAGACAUCAUCUCUCUGAAGUUCAAAACCCUGAAGAAUUCUGGGACCCUGCUCCAUGGAGAGGGACGACAAGGACUCAGCUUCAGUCUGGAGCUGGUGAGAGGAAAACUGCAGCUGCUGCUCCGACAAGGUACAGCACGCGGAGCUUCAUCCACGGAGCCGCGGCGUCUUGCCUCCCUCGGCAGCCUGCUGGACGAUCAGCACUGGCACCAUGUCGUACUGGAGAGAGGCGGCGCUCACCUCAACCUCACUGUGGACAGACACACACAGAGGGUUCAAAUCCCUGCAGAGUUCGUCCACUGGGACAUCGAACAGCUGAUGUUAGGGACGGUCCAGAGCCUGAGUUCUCAGAAACCACUCGUCUCCGAGAAGAACUUCAGCGGCUGCCUGGAAAACCUGCUGCACAACGGACUCAACCUGAUAGAACGAGCGAAGCACAACAACCAGCAAGUUACUCUCAUGGGCAAUGUGACCUUUUCUUGUGCUGAGCCAGUUUCCGUCGCCGUGACGUUUCCCGGCCCCCAGAGCUUCCUCCAGUUGCCAGGGGCGAUGGCGUCCUCUUCGGGGGGCGUGUCCGUGGGGUUCCAGUUUCGGACGUGGAACAAGGCGGGGCUCCUGCUCACCUUUGACCUCCCUCACGAAGGAGGAGCGGCCUGGCUGCACCUGAGUGAGGCCAGACUGCGGCUGCAGAUCCAGAAGGCUGGCAGGGCGCUGCUGGAGCUCAGUGCAGGUUCUGCUCUGAACGACGGCCAGUGGCACUCAGUGGAGCUCAACUCCAGAGGAGGACGUGUGACCAUCGCUGUGGAUAAAGAGGAAGGGGGCGUCGCUCACGCCAGCCCCUCAUUUCUGGUCACGGCAGGAAGUCAUCUCUUCUUUGGCGGUUGUCCUGCUGAAGACGACCGUCAGGAAUGCAGAAACCCCUUCAACGUCUUCCAGGGCUGCAUGCGUCUCUUCACGCUCCACAACCAACACGUGGAUCUCAUCACGGUGCAGCAAAAACAUCUGGGCAACUACAGCAACCUGCACAUCGACAUGUGUGGAAUCAUCGACAGGUGUUCUCCCAGUCGUUGUGAACAUGGCGGCCGCUGCAGUCAGUCCUGGACCAUCUUCCACUGCAACUGCUCGGACAGCGGCUACAGCGGAGCGACCUGCCACAGCUCCGUGUACGAGCAGUCGUGCGAGGCGUACAAACACAACGGCAACACGUCGGGACAUUUCUACAUCGACGUGGACGGCAGCGGACCAAUCAGACCACAGCUGGUCUACUGCAACAUGACAGCGGCCGACACGUGGAUGGUGAUCCAGCACAACAACACGGACCUGACCAGAGUCCGAGCGUCUCCGGGUCAGAACCAGCUCCUGAUUCACUUUGACUACUCCACCGGAGAAGAGCAGCUGAUGGCUGCUGUCGGCCAAUCAGAGCACUGUGAACAGGAAGUGUCCUACCACUGCAGGAGGUCCCGCUUCCUCAACACUCCAGAGGGAUCUCCGUUCAGCUGGUGGCUCGGUGGUCCGGGUUCCGGUCGUGUGCAGACGUACUGGGGCGGAGCUCAGCCGGGCAGCCGACAGUGCGCCUGCGGCCUGCAGGGCGACUGCGUGGACCCGCAGCACUACUGCAACUGUGACGCCGACGGCAUGGAGUGGGCUGAGGACUCGGGCCUGCUCACCCACAAGGAGAGCCUCCCCGUCAGGUCUCUGGUGCUGGGCGACAUCCAGAGGCCGGGGUCGGAGGCCGCCUAUCUGGUGGGACCGCUCCGUUGUCAUGGAGACAAGAACUUGUGGAAUGCCGCGUUUUUCGACAAGGAGACGUCGUACCUCCACUUCCCCACCUUCCACGGCGAGCUGAGCGCCGACAUCUCCUUCCUGUUUAAAACCACGGCCUCCUCUGGGGUGUUCCUGGAAAACCUGGGCAUCAAAGACUUCAUCCGCAUCGAGCUGAGCUCCUCCACUCAGGUGCUUUUCUCCUUCGAUGUCGGUAACGGGCCGCUGGAAGUCCGCGUGGAAGCGACGGCCCCGCUGAACGACAGCAGGUGGCACCGGGUCCGAGCCGAGCGGAACGUCAGGGAGGCGACGCUUCGGCUGGACGAACUUCCUGCCGCCACGCAGGAGGCUCCGGCUGACGGACACUUCCACCUGCAGCUCAACAGCCAGCUGUUCAUAGGAGGAACAGCGUCCAGGCAGAAGGGCUUCCAGGGCUGUAUCCGCUCCCUGCAGCUGAACGGCGUCACCCUGGACCUGGAGGAGAGGGCGAGGAUCACACCCGGGGUUCGACCCGGCUGCCCGGGCCACUGCAGCAGCUACGGCUCGCUCUGCCAGAACCAGGGCCGCUGCGUGGAGAGAGCCACCGGCUUCCACUGCGACUGUGGCCUGUCGGCGUUCACCGGAGUCUUCUGCCACUCAGAGGUGUCGGCCACCUUCGAGUCCACCACGUCCGUCAGCUACACCUUCAAGGAGCCGUACGAGCUGCUGAGGAACAGCAGCGCCCUGCCGUCCUCCAUCUACUCCGACAUGACGCUGAGAGGAGAGAACGUCUCGCUGAGCUUCAGGACCAAUCAGAGUCCGGCUCUGCUGCUCUACGUGUCCUCGUACUACAGAGAGUACCUGGCCCUGCUCAUCAACAAGCACGAUAAGCUGGAGGUGAGGUACAAGCUGGACAGCAGCAGAGAAGCAGAGGUGCUGAGGAGCAGAGUGAAGAGUUUGGCCAACGGACAAUUACACACAGUUACUGUCAGGAGGCUGAGCGACUCUGUGUCCGUGCAGAUCAACCAAAACAGCAGAGAGGACUUCAACCUGUCGUCUGACGGAGAAUUCAACGCCAUCAAGUCUCUGGUGUUGGGCAGAGUGCUCGACUCUGAGCUGGAUCCGGACGUGUCCAGGUUGGCGUCUCUGGGUUUCUCCGGCUGUCUCUCAGUGCUCAGCUUCAACUCCAUCAGUCCUCUGAAAGCCGCUCUGCUCCACCCGGACACCAGCCCCGUCUCCAUCAGCGGACCUCUACUCCGGUCCAGCUGCGGCUCCUCGGCUUCGGCCAAUCCCUACGCAGCAGAGAACAAACGCCACCUCGCCACAGACCUUGGUUCAGUGGGUUCAGGUCAACCUUUAGUCAAUGCCAUCAGGACUGACUCGGCUCUGAUUGGAGGUGUGAUAGCGGUGGUGAUCUUCGUGGUCGUGGCCGUCCUGGCGAUAACGGGCAGAUUCCUCUACCGCAGGAAAGAGACGUAUCGGAAUCAGGAGGUGAAGGGAGUCAAACGGGAGGACAGCCCCGAUUUUCCCUUCAACAGCCAGACUGACUCCCAGAACGUCUGCAGUGAAAACCGAAAGGAGUAUUUCAUUUAGCCGGAGACGACCCCGGUGAACUGGAGGUGCAGACGCCUCAGAACCUCUCACUGAACUCGGAGCCGCUGGGAGACUUCAUUCACAGAAGUGGCUCUGCAGCAUGUGGAGGCAGAAACAGAGCAAUUUGCACCCGGUGUUGUCUUUCUGUUGCUUUUCUGUACAUUGUGAAAACCGAUGCAACAGUGUUGGACUUUUUAAAAAAAGGUGUCGACGUCCUUGUUUCAUCUGUAAAUAAUUCAGACAUGUAAAUGCUGAAUUCACGUCUUUGUAACGAUCUCUGGCUAACGUCACUUUGUCAUAUUGAAACGUUGAAAAAUCGUGGAGGUGUCAGUAUUUUUAUGGUGUUCGGGAAAUGUGGUUAUUCUUGAGGAGAGAUGAUUAUAGGUCGAGACAAACUCUCAGACUCAUUUACAUGAUUACCUUCUAAACUCCAGGGAUAUUUUAGGUCGCCAAGAUUUUUCUUUUCACCUUCCAUCCCACUGCUACCCCAGUUACACCAGUUACAGAAGGAACUGCAGAUUUCUGAAGCUCGGUUUGACAGAACCACUUCAAAGUUGCUUCUCUCCAUUUGAAGGACUCCAGCUGUUUUUCCUGCAGAGACUUCACCACUCUUGUGCGACGUCUUACCUUCCCAUGGUUCAGACAAUGUUGCCCCAGUCAAACUAGAUUCCCAUUCAUUUAGGAGACGUGUAUGACUGUGACUGUCUCCUGCCAUGACAGGUUGAGUUAUCUGACGUGGACUGACGUGUGCUUUCAGUUUGGUUUUUCCCUCUUUCUUUGCCAAACACAAAAAGCCAUUAUAUCUACUUCUCUUUCUCUUUGUUUUUCCCUCCUCCUCCCUGCUGCCGGCCGCCUGCUGCACAGCAAAGCUUUUAACACUGACGGCAGCACGGGCUCUGUAACACUGGGCCUGUCUGUCACCUCGUUCACUGCACAGACGCGUGUUUCAAACGCUAAUCUGCUUCUGCUCUGACAGGUGGACUGAGACUCGAUGGAGAAGCAGCGAGCUGAUCAGAACGAGGCGCUGAGAUAAUCCAGGAGGCGUCAGGCAGACGUGUAAUGAAAAACACGUCGUGAUAUUAGCACUGGAAAGGAAGCAAACGCCUGCGUGUGUGAAUUCAGCUCACGUGUAAAGAGGAGCUGCUGAUGGAGGGAAGCUGAGAAGCAGAAAGAGGAUCGACAGCAGCUGUUAAACAAAUGUACACCAUCGUCUCUCUGCCAGGCCCCGAAGCACUGAUGGGAUUUUAAUGAGAAAAGUAGCUAAAACUUUAAAGUGCAUUUUCAAAUGGUUACACACAAACCACAGUCAACAGCUAUUCUCUAUGUAAAGAUCUAAGAUCAAAGAUAAAACCAGAGUUGUUGAAGUUCUCCAGCUCGGCUCUGAAUGUUCUCCUCUGGUGUCCCUGGCUGGAGUCGACAUGGGGACGUCACUUAACUUGUUUUUAGCCACAUUAGGAAUUUCUUCUGCAAAUGUUGCUCUUGGCAGUUGGCUUCCUAUACAAGUAUUGUCGCGGAGCAUGAUGGGGUUGAUGGGGUCAUUCUCACCGGGCUUUGGGAAACUGCGGAGAACAAGACCAGCGGUGAUGUUGUGGCUGAAGAAAGGCCGGGGGCGAGUAGCAGAGGAAGUGUUGGUUUGGGGCUGAAGAGAAUAUCCAAUAUAUUUAUAACCUUUAGAAAUAAUAAGAUUUGUCAUCUCCCACAAAACAGGCCUGUUGAUACAGAAGUGAAGAAUCUUUGGGGUAAAGAUGGAGUCUGAACUGAAAUAUCUUGACUAUGUGGUAAGAAGACAGGAACUCCCACUCGCUAAUUAACAAAUGCUAAUUUAGCAUGCUAACUUGGUUCGGUAAUAAACUUAAGUGUAACCGUGUUUUGGCAGCUCUCAGAGUCCAAACUGCAAAAAAAAAAAAUGUGAGCCAUUAUGUAGCCUGAGGGGAGUUGAUUGAAAUCGAGGCAGAAGUUGAGUCGUGCGGUUAUUUGCUGUUGGAGAAACGUUGCUGUUGUUUCCUCUCGGGGGCAGAGAAGCUAAAUGUGCGCCUCAGUGAACAGAAUCAUAAAGACUAACUAAAUGAAAACGUAGCAUUCAGUUAAAAAAAAAAGACUUUUAAACUGACAGUUGAUAAUAAUUGA